AGAAUCAACAAAGUUGCGCAAAUGCUGCCUUUUCAGACACGCUGAAUCGAACGCGAAGCAAUACGUUGGCAACAAACAACAUAUUCGGGCUUUAGCUGUUUGGUUGACCUUAUGGACCGCUUGGCAUCUUUUGGAAGUAAGUGUUGGCUAAAUUGCACAGAUAAAAACAGCGCACAAACACGGCUUAAAACGAGUUUGCACGAGAUAUGGUUAUCCAUCUAGCUAUCUGCUCAGCUCGUCGCACUGACGUAACGUUAGCUAAAUAUAGCUAGCUAGAAGGCUAGCCCAGCUAGCUAGCGAGAUAACAAUUAACCAUUUUAGCUAACUAUGUAUUUGCUUUCAUGUAGCUAAUUGAUUCAACCAGCUAGCUAGCUAACCAAUGCAUCACUGUUAGCUACUUAAUUGUCAGCUAGUAUCCGACUUGAAGUACCUACGCUAACUUGCUAGUUAUGUGUUGUUAGCCAACGUUAACUAGUUAGCUACUGCUAAAUCAAAUAAAAUUGUAUUUGUCACAUUCGCCAAAUACAACAGAUGUACAGUGAAAUGCUUACAAGCCCUUAACCAACAAUGCAGUUUUAAGAAAGAAUAACCAAAAAAAAUACAAGUAACAAAUAAUUAAAGAGCAGCUUGUAAAAAUAAUAGCAAGUGGGGGUACCAGUACCGAGUCAAUGUGCGGGGGCACCGGUUAGUCGAGAUAAUUGAGGUAAUAUGUACAUGUAGGUAGAGUUAGUAAAGUGACUAUGCAUAGAUAAUAAACAGAGAGUAGCAGCGGGGGGGGGGGGGGGGCAAUGCAAAUAGUCUGGGUAGCCAUUUGAUUAGAUGUUCAGGAGUCUUAUGGCUUGGGGAUAGAAGCUGUUUAGAAGCCUCUUGGACCUAUACUUGGCGCUAUGACUAGGGUGGCUGGAGUCUUUGACCAUUUUUAGGGCCUUCCUCUGACACUGCCUGGUGUAGAGGUCCUGGAUGGCAGGAAGCUUGUCCCCAGUGAUGUACUGGGCCGUACGCACUACCCUCUGUAGUGCCUUGCGGUCGGAGGUCGAGCAGUUGCCAUACCAGGCAGUGAUGCAACCAGUCAGGAUGCUCUCGAUGGUGCAGCUGUAGAACCUUUUGAGGAUCUGAGGACCCAUGCCAAAUCUUAUCAGUCUCCUUAGGAGGAAUAGGUUUUGUCGUGCCCUCUUGAUGCUGGCUUUAAAUCUGCCCAAUAAUACAGAUUUUAACAGAAGAUUUCUAGUAUCUAACGUCUGUGUGUGUGGUUACCAGUAGAAUUGGCCAGUUUUGCGACAUUACUCUGACUUAUUUUCAGAUGACCCUUCUGACAAGCCCCCAUGUCGAGGUUGGUCAUCUAACCUGACUUCUUUUUCAGAUGACCCUUCUGACAAGCCCCGAUGUCGAGGUUGCUCAUCUAACCUGGUGGAACCCUACAUAAAAUGUGCAGAGUGUGGACCCUCACCUUUCCUUCUCUGUCUCCAGGUGAGGGGUGCACAUUGCAUCCUCGGGCAUGCGCAUAAAACUGUUAAUACAUUUUGCCUAACUUGAUAACUCUGCAUCUCUACUGACACUACAUUUUCCCCCAAAAAUAUGUUUCAGUGUUUUACCAGAGGGUUUGAGUUCAAGAAACAUGAGAGCGAUCACAAGUAUGAAAUCAUGGUAAGGUAUUGGUGUUAAUUGUCCUGUCAUCUAUUCUGAGUAACACAUAUUAUAAUAUUGACUCUUAAGUCAUCCAUUAUUUACCAAAAGUAUGUUUCUGGCUAAACAAUAGUGACCAUGCUCAAUACCAUGCCUCCUCCCUCACACAGACGUCAGACUUCCCUGUGCUGGAACCUGGCUGGACAGCACAGGAGGAGAUGGCCCUGCUGGAGGCUGUCAUGGACUGUGGCUUUGGGAACUGGUUAGUACCCACACUCUCUCCCUCUCUCUCAAGUGUCAUAUAUUACAAACCAAGCAGACUAGGGGCCAUUUGCAGUCUGUGAUUUGUUUCGUAGCAGCCCUCACGUGUACUGUCUGCCAAUAUCAAUAUAAACAUGUUGAAAUUUAUAACAAAAACAUAACUGUCACUUUCCCAUUUGACUACACAGGCAGGAUGUGGCGUAUCAGAUGCGCACCAAAAGCAAGGAGGAGUGUGAGGCCCACUACAUGAAGAACUUCAUCAACAACCCCCUGUUCUCCUCCACCCUGCUCAAUCUCAGACAAAAAGAGGAGGCCCGUACUGCAGACACAGCCAUUCCCUUCAAACGUUAGUAUACACAAAACACAUCUACUCCUCUGGAUUUCUCCCUCCAUAGUAAUAAGGAGAGUUUGAUUGCCAUACAAGUUAUUAUAGAAUUCUGAAGCCAUACAAAAAUACAAUUUAGGCUAUGCUUCAUACACAAAAGUAUAUUUUCUUUUGAUGUACAGCUGAUAAAGGCAGGGAGGAAUACAUGGCUUUUGUCAUUUAUUAUCUGAUAUGCAACUACAUCGUUCCUCAUUUAUGCUUGCUUUCUUACACAGUUUGUUUGUCAUGAGGGCCUUUUCAGGGCACAAGGUAAAAGUACUAUGUUGGUUUUCCUCCCAGCCACUGACGACCCCCCCAGGCCCACCUUUGACUCCCUGUUGUCUCGAGACAUGGCUGGAUACAUGCCUGCCAGAGCAGACUUCAUGGAGGUGAGGGGAACUAGGUUCUUAAAGCAUCCAUGCCUUUAGUAGUUCCAAUCUCACAAGCCAUAGUCAAAGACAUAGACAUUCACCUUUUUUGUUCUUCUGCAAAGAACAUUUCCCCAUGUCAUAAUGAGUAUGUCCUCAUACUCCUGGCACAUUAUGAUUGGAAUCAUAGUAAGUACUUAUAGAUAACCAAGACAGAACCCUUGCCACCCUGCUUAUGUAUGCAUGAAUUAAGAUAUUAGUUCUCCAGAGGGCCACCUCACUGCAGUCUUAUUGAACUCUGACUCAUCUCCUUGUCCUUCUGUGAUCCCCUCCUGUUAUUUGUCGUUCUGUCUAGGAAUUUGACAACUAUGCUGAGUGGGAUCUGAAAGACAUAGAUUUUGUGGAUGAUGACACGGACAUACUACAUGGUGAGUUGAAAGUGCUGAAAGAAAAGUCCAACCCCGCUUUCAAUAGAGAUUGGAAGUGUAUGUUUAUUGUACAAAAUAUCAUCAAUGCCUUGUCUGACAUAUUUGUUUGGUUCUAUCUAGCGCUGAAGGUUGCCGUUGUUGACAUAUACCAUUCAAGGUUAAAGGAGAGAGAAAGAAGAAAGAAGUAAGUUUGAAAUGUUUUGCUUUUAACUCUGAUGAUGUAAUGGGCAUAUUCAGCCACUAGAUGGCCUGAUAUCUUUGAAUCCUUGCCCUUCAUCAUAUGCCCAUAACACUCAGCAAAUGUUAACACAAAAACAUUUAAUUGCUUUCCAAAAUCAGAAAUGUGAUACCUACACAAGUAACAACACUUUACUAACACUAGCCUAUUAGCAUAAUCACUGAAGCACUGGUUCAGAAUCACCGGUUGCCAUGAAUUCUGAAAGGCUUAAACGUUACACAACUGUCAAAUUUGAGUAUUCUUUGAACUGGCCACCUUUUUAGAUGAAUUUGAGACGUUCAUGAAUUGUCACACUCCUCAGCCCCCUUCAGUGUGUCAGUACUGGUCUUGGCCACGGUGGUGAGUCCAUUCAUGUGGUAAUACAUCCAUCACUAAAUCAAACUUAACGAGUUGCUGCUCCCUUAACUCUGUGGAAUGGCAUGUGGGGUGUGGAUUGUAUGUUAGCUGGCCAGAGCUCCCAGUACCCUGCAUGUUUGUCUACGUCCCAAAUGGACCCCUAUUCCCUACAUAGGUCAAAAGUAGUGCACUAUGUAUGGAAUAGGGUGCCAUUUGGGAUGUAGAAAAUGCUCCCCUGCUAGCCUGUCCCCUGCCCCUCAAGCUGCCCCCACCCCCAGCUGGUGACUUGACAGAGGCCCAAAGCAGUGACCCUUGACCUGACGGCCACAGAGUUUACAGACGCAGUAGGCCCCACUGUCAGGUCCUGUUUCACAGCACAGGAAGGCUACUUGUUGCAAAGCUGUUCUAUGUCACAACCACACCUUCAAGCUAUACUAUAUAUACAAAAGUAUGUGGACACCCCUUUAAAUUAGUGGAUUUGGCUAUUUCAGCCACACCCGUUGCUGACAGGUGUAUAGAAUCGAGCACACAGCCAUACAAUCUCCAUAGAAAAACAUUGGCAAUAGAAUGGCCAUACUGAAGAGCUCAGUGACUUUUUAUGUGGCACUGUAAUAGGAUGCCACCUUACCAACAAGUCAGUUCAAGUUUCUGCCCUGCUAGAGCUGCCCCGGUCAACUGUAAGUAUUGUUAUUGUGAAAUGGAAACGUCUAGGAGCAACAACGGCUCAGCCGCGAAGUGGUAGGCCACACAAGCUCACAGAACGGGACAGCCGAGUGCUGAAUCGUGCUGCGCGUAAAAACCGUCUGUUCUCGGUUGCAACACUCACUACCGAGUUCCAAACGGCCUCUGGAAGCAACGUCAGCACAAGAACUGUUAGUCGGGAGCUUCAUGAAAUGGGUUUCCAGCCGCAUACAAGCCUAAGAUCACCAUGCGCAAUGCCAAGCGUCGGUUGGAGUGGUGUAAAGCUUGCCGCUAUUGGACUCUGGAGCAGUGGAAACGCGUUCUCUGGAGUGAUUAAUCACGCUUCACCAUCUGGCAGUCCGACGGACGAAUCUGGGUUUGGCAGAUGCCAGGAGAACGCUACCUGCCCGACUGCAUAGUGCCAACUGUAAAGUUUGGUGGAGGAGGAAUAAUGGUCUGGGACUGUUUUUUCAUGGUUCGGGCAAGGACCCUUAGUUCCAGUGAAGGGAAAUCUUAAUGCUACAGCAUACAGUGACAUUCUAGACGAUUCUGUGCUUCCAACUUUGUGGCAACAGUUUGGGGAAGGCCCUUUCCUGUUUCAGCAUAACAAUGCCCCCGUGCACAAAGCGAGGUCCAUACAACCCCAUCGAACACCUUUGGGAUGAAUUGGAACGCUGACUGCGAGCCAGGCCUAAUCGCCCAACAUCAGAGCACCACCUCACUAAUGCUCUUGUGGCUGAGUGGAAGCAGGUCCCCGCAGCGAUGUCCCAACAUCUAGUGGAAAACCUUCCCAGAAGAGGAGGUUGUUAUAGCAGCUACGGGGGGACCAACUCCAUAUUAAUGCCCAUGAUUUUGGAAUGAGAGCAGGUGUCUGCAUACUUUUGGUCAUGUAGUGUAUGUGGUUCAGGUUUAGCAGCUAUAUAGUACAAUCACUCAUUCAAUAAAUGUCAGUCUAAACCCUCUGCUGUUUUCACUCUCUCUACCGGCCUGAGAGUUGGCUGGUAUUUACCAAUGGACGGUGUCCAUAUUUUUGGCUUUGGUGUCUUUAUGUUUUGUCUUACAGGAUCAUCCGGGACCAUGGACUGAUCAACCUGCGGAAGUUCCAGAGUAAGUGCUCUCCUAACAGAUUAGAGCUGGGCUGCAGAAUUACCAGGAGACCAGGCGUUAAUAUAACACCCAGACUGAAUAUGCAUUAUGUAUCCAUGGUUGCAUGUAAACAACACGGUUGCAAUAAUGAUCAACAGUAACCCUAGGGACACUAGAGGCACUGCUUGUGCUCUUAUUUACGAUGGAAAUUUAGACAGUGCCACAGCAUAAUUAUUGCUCCACUAUGAAUAGAUACCUAUGAAAUGAACACUGCAGGCCUAAUGACCAACUGUAUUGGAGCUUUAUGAGCUCUUAUUGAUCCUCUCUCCAUGGGCAGCGUUUCAUCUAGCUUGGUAAUAUAAUACAUUUUCAUGUCCCGCUUUUUAUUCAUGGUAGAUGGGAAGGCAAGACACUCCCUGAAUAGAUUUAUCCAAUCAGUUCCUCUUUUUCCUUUACCGCCCAGUGCAGCGCUAUCUCCAGGUGAUGCCCUGGGAAAUUGGCUGUAGUUUUAGGGGUGGAAGAGGACACCCUUAUGUUUUAUUUAUUAUUUACCAGCCUCCAGUCACUACGGCCCUCCUCCUCCCCAUCUCUCCUCUUAUCUCGCUAGUCUUUCAAGACAGAAGAGAACCCAGAGUUGCCAUGGAGCUGCAGCCUGGUUGUCAUGGAGACUGUCGAAAAGUGUGUGUGUGUCACACGGUAAUGGAAGCUGUGUCCAAGCCUGGGUGACUCACAGUGUCGUGCCUGGGCUGAUCAUGCUGUUGCUCCAGGCAGUUUGACCACCAGUCUCGCUCUCCUUAUAGGCAUCAGUACCUCAGGACCACCAAUCGAGCCCAUUCCUGUAAUGGAGUGUUUAAAAUCACAGGACAUUGACUCUACCUGUGUGUUUGUGUGUGUUUUGCUUCUAUCUACACGUUCCUAUCACUGUACAGCCUCCAAAUAAAUGAGGAACUCAGCUGCCAGCUUGCAGAUAGACAAAGAUGUGUGGGCCGCCAGCCUUGAGCUGCUGUCAUACUACCCCACAUUCACUGUGUACAGAAUAUAGAACUAUCCAAGAAAUCACCAUGUCUGCAAAGCCACCAGAGUCCACUCAAUAUACAGUAGUGGUCAAAAGUUUUGAGAAUGACACAAAUACUAAUUUUCACAAAGUCUGCUGCCUCAGUUUUGAUAAUGGCAAUUUGCAUAUACUCCAGAAUGUCAUGAAGAGUGAUCAGAUGAAUUGCAAUUAAUUGCAAAGUCCCUCUUUGCCAUGAAAAUGAACUUAAUCCCAAAAAAACAUUUCCACUGCAUUUCAGCCCUGCCACAAAAGGACCAGCUGCCAUCAUGUCAGUGAUUCUCUCGUUAACACAGGUGAGUGUUGACGAGGACAAGGCUGGAAAUCACUCUGUCAUGCUGAUUGAGUUAGAAUAACAGACUGGAAGCUUUAAAAGGAGGGUGGUGCUUGAAAUGAUUGUUCUUCCUCUGUUAACCAUGGUUACCUGCAAGGAAACACAUGCCGUCAUCAUUGCUUUGUACAAAAAGGCCUUCACAGGCAAGGAUAUUGCUGCUAGUAAGAUUGCACCUAAAUCAACCAUUUAUCGGAUUAUCAAGAACUUCAAGGAGAGAGAUUAAAUUGUUGUGAAGAUGGCUUCAGGGUGCCCAAGAAAGUCCAGCAAGCGCCAGGACCGUUUCCUAAUGUUGAUUCAGCUGCGGGAUCGGGGCACCACCAGUGCAGAGCUUGCUCAGGAAUGGCAGCAGGCAGGUGUGAGUGCAUCUGCACGCACAGUGAGGCGAAGACGUUUGGAGGAUGGCCUGGUGUUAAGAAGGGCAGCAAAGAAGCCACUUCUCUCCAGGAAAAACAUCAGGGACAGACUGAUAUUCUGCAAAAGGGACAGGGAUUGGACUGCUGAGGACUGGGGUAAAGUCAUUUUCUCUGAUGAAUCCCCUUUCCGAUUGUUUGGGGCAUCCGGAUAAAAGCUUGUCCGGAGAAGACAAGGUGAGCGCUACCAUCAGUCCUGUGUCAUGCCAACAGUAAAGCAUCCUGAGACCAUUCAUGUGUGAUAACUAAGUGGCUCUGGGAACAAAACAUCGAAAAUUGGGUCCAUGGCCAGGAAACUCCCCAGACCUUAAUGAGAACUUGUGGUCGAUCCUCAAGAGGCGGUGGACAAACAAAAACCCACAAAUUCUGACAAACUCCAAGCAUUGAUUAAGCAAGAAUGGGCUGCCAUCAGUCAGGAUGUGGCCCAGAAGUUAAUUGACAGCAAGCCAGGGCGGAUUGCAGAGGUCUUGAAAAAGAAGGGUCAACACUGCAAAUAUUGACUCUUUGCAUAAACUUAAUGUAAUUGUCAAUAAAAGCCUUUGACACUUAUGGAAUGCUUGUAAUUAUACUUCAGUAUACCAUAGUAUACAAAAAUAUCUCAUAACACUGAAGCAGCGAACUUUGUGAAGGGGGGGUGAGUAGGGUGGUACGUGGUGAAAUGCCCAUCAGGGGAGCUUUUAAACCGUUCACGGCCACAGCAGGGUAUCUCACUGAUGCAAGGGGGUCACUCAGUUUGCAAUGUCUGGACAUUUCCUCCUCUGGUGUUCCUCAAAAGCCUCUAAUCUAACAAGAUUUAAUAUGAUACAGAUCUCCAAUACAGAUCACUGCUGUCAUAUUCUCUACAACAGGGCUGCCCAACCCUCUUCCUGGAGAUCUACUGGGUUUCCAGUCCAACCCUAAUUUACCACACCUCAUUCUACUUAUCAGCUGCUCACCAAGACCUUAACUAGCUGAAUGUAAGGUUGGGGUUAGACUGAACCUACAGGACGGUAGAUCUCCGGGAAGAGGGUUGGGCAGCCCUGCUCUACAAUAACAGCUACGUCUCACGACCAUUGUGUUUUUGUCUUCCAGUACUGGAGCGUCGCUACCCUAAGGAGGUACAGGAUCUGUAUGAUGCUAUGAGACGUUUCGCCAGGGUGGUGGGCCCCAUCGAACACGACAAGUUCAUAGAGAGUCAUGCAUGUGAGUAUGACAUUGCUAUAUUGUACAUGCACACACAGUAGACAUUUGAUGUUAACACCAAUAGAAUUCAGUUUCUUCCAACUCCUCUCCCUCCGUUCUACACAGACAGCAGUCACACAUCCUGUGAUCCCGUCUUUAAUAUUGUGGGUAACACUAAGCUCAUCGCCGUGGUAAUGAGCCUGUCAGAUUAGCUCCUGUCCUUACGCAGCAGCAGACCCCAAUGGUUGGCCUGCUGGAGGUCACAUGACUGGAUGUGUGAACUCCCUGUGAGCGAGAGGCGUGUUUCUGUGUGUGUGUGUGUCUGAGACAUCAACUCGUUCUGAUUAAAGGGCUGGGGCUUCAGGAUAGCAUGGCGUUACUCCUUUGUUGUGUCAGAGAGAGCAGCAGUAGAGGUAGAGACCCUGCCCUGGCUACAACACUGAUCUGAUGUUCAGCUCUGAUGUUGGGAAGCACAGGUCUGAGGGGUGAAGAGUUCAGCUUUCUCUGUCGUAGGGAUAAAGAGUUUGUCUCCCUCUCUAUCUCUCUGCGCCUGUCUGUCUGUCCGCCUGUCUGUCUGUCUCCCUCUCUGCAGUACAGACCGGUGAGGUGAGUGGACAGGCCUUUCUGACCUCAUGUCCUCCUUGUCUUUCAGUGGAGUUUGAGCUGAGGAGAGAGAUCUGCAGGCUGCAGGAGUACAGGAGAGCAGGGAUCCAGUCUUUCUGCAGUGAGUCCAGUCUACCCAUCUAACCCUGUCCCCCCUACUUCAGACAGUCCCCCUCAGAAGCUGUGUCCCAAAUGGCACCCUAUUCCCUAUUACAGCCCAUACAGUUGUGGUCAAAAGUAGUGCACUUUGUAGGAAAAGGGUGCAAUUUGGGACAGAGCCUCAUUAGUGACUUCCUUGUGUCAGCCAGGACCCAGGGCUGACUGACUGCACCAGUAACCCCCUCCCUCCCUCCUCUGUGCCCCCCUGCAGGUGCCAAGGUGUAUGAGCGUGUGAAGCACGUGCGGGAGGAUGAGCGGAGGAAGAGGACCAUGCUAGUUGAUGUGCUGCAGUACAUUCAGGACGGACGGGCCUGCCAGCAGUGGCUCAGCAAACAGGCUGCCAUGUGAGCCCCGUCCUUUUACCCUUUAGUCCAGUGUUCCACAAUCCAUUCCUCUGGACCACGUGGUUAUACAUUAAUGUUCAAGUCCAACACUAGCCCACCUGAUUCCACUAAUCAAGGGCUAGAUGAUUAGUUGACUAUUUGAAUCAGGGGUACUAGCGCUGGGCUAUAACUGAGAUACCACCCAUCUCCUCUGCAGUUUAUUACUGUGGGCUUGUGAUUGUUUUUUAUGUAGAGCUGUUCUUGUUGUUUUGUGGUUUAUCCUAAGCCCAACUCUUGGGUGUUCUCCAUGUUCUGAUAAUUAUUCUUCAUGAAAAAGAAAAAAAACAGAACUGCUAGUGUGUGUGAUGAUUCAUUCUCUCUGUGGACGAGGAUCCCGGAGAGUGAGAAGUGUGUUUGUGUGUGUGCACUGCCUGUAGUGACACUUCUCUCUCCACAGUGAUGCUGGUAUCACUCCUGUUGUCACCACCAUCACCACAUCAGGUAAGGACUCUCUUCCUCUACCCAAUCCCUCUCUUCCUCUACCCGCCCCUCCUUCUCCCUCCUUUCCCCCUGGGAAAAGUAAAAACCGGGGGUUUGGAGUGUGGGGACAGGCCUUUCUGCCUAGCCCCUCCUUUUUUUUUUUUUUUUUUUUUUUUUUUUUUUUUUUUUUUUUUUUUUUCCCCUUUUUUUGGAAAUUUAAAAAAGAAAAAAAACUCGGGCUAGGGGGAGGGAUCAUCUUUUUUGGAAGGCCCCGUUAAUUUUUUUUGUUUUUUUUAGGAACCCCCCUUGGUGUGGUAUCCCACCCUUUUUCCCACCAUAAUAUUCGGCCCUUUCAAAUUUCUUUCCCAACCCGGGGGUUUUUUUCCCCCCCCGGCCUUUUCUCUCCCCCCCCAACCCCAAAACUCUUUUACCCCCCUUCCCCUCCUCCCCCCAUCCCUCCCUUCCCCCUACCCCCUUUUCCCCCCCCUUCCCUCCCCUCCCCUUUUUCUCCCCCCCCCCCUUUCCCCCUUCCUUUUGGUUCUUUUUCCCCCCCUCCCUCUUUUUUCCCUCCCCCCAACCCCUUCUCCUCUCCUUUACCCCCCCCCUUUUUUUUGGUGUUCUUUUUUUUUUCCCCACCCCUCUUUUCUCCCCCCCCCUUUUACCCCCCCCCCUUUUUUUUUUUCCCUUCCUUCCCCCCCGGGGUUUUUUUCCUGCCCCCUUUCCCCCUUCCCUCUCCCGUUUUCCCCCUUUUUCCCCCUCCCCCCUUCUCUCUUUUCCCUCCCCCCUCCCCUCUCUUCCUCUCCCCGCCCCCUCCCUUUCUUCCCCCCCCCCCCCCUUCCUCCCCCCCCCCCCCCUCUCCUUUUCCCCCCUCCCCCUCCCCCCCCCCCACCCCCCCCCCCCCUCUUUCUCCCCUCCCCGCCCCCUCCCCCCCUUUCCCCCCACCCCUCUCUUCCCCCCUCCCCUCCCCUUUUCCCUUCCCCGCCCCCUUCCCCCCCUUUUCCCUCUCCCCCCCCUCCCUCUCUUCCUCCCUCCCUCCCCCUCUUUUUCCUCUUUUCCUCCCCCCCCCCUUCUCUUCUCCCCCCCCCCCUCCCCUCUCCCUCCCCCCCCCCCCUCCCCCCCCUUCUUUCCCCCUCCCCCCCCCUCUCUUCCUCCCCUCCCCUCUUCCCCCCCCCUCCCCUUUCCUCCCCCCCCCUCCCCUUUUUCCCCCCGCUCCCUCUCUUUUUUCCCCCCCCCCCCCGGCCCCUCUUUCCCCCCUCCCCCGCCCCCCUUUUCCCUCCCCUCCCCCGCCCCCUCUCUUCCUCCCUCCCCCCCCCCCCUCUUCCUCCCCUCCCCUCCCCCCCUUCCUCCCCCCCCCCCCCCCUCUCUUCCUCCCCCCCCCCCUCCCCCCUUCCCUCCCCCGCUCCCCCCUUUUCCCCCCCCCCCCUUCCCCUCUUCCUCUCUCCCCCCCCCCUCUUUCCUCUCUCCCCCGCCCCCCUCUUCCCCCUUCCCCCCCCCCCCCCCCCCUCCCUCCCCCUUCCUCCCCCCCUCCCCUCUUCCUCCCCCCCGCUCCCUCUCUUCCUUCCCCCCGCCCCCUUCCCUCUCCUCCCCUCCCCCUUUCCUCUUUUCCCCCCCCCCUUUCCCUCUCUUUCCCCCUCCCCCCCCUUUUCCUUCCCCUCCCCCCCCGCUCCCCCCUCUUCCUUUUCCCCCCUCCCUUCUUCCUCUCCUCCCCCCGCCCCUCUUUCCUUCCUUUCCCCCCUCCCCCCCACCCCCCUUUUUUCCUCCCCCUCCCGCCUUCCCUUCCCCCCUCCCCCUCCCCUUUUUUCCUCCCCUUUCCCCCCCCCCUUUUUCCCUUUCUUCCUCCCCUGCCCCCUCUCCUUUUCCCCCCCCCCUCCUUCUUUUCCCUUCCCCCCCCCCCCCUCUCUUCCUCUCCUCCCCCCCGCUCCCUCUUUUCCUUCCUCCCCCGCUCCCCCCUUCCCUCCCCCUUUCCCCUCCCCCCUCUUCCUCUCCUCCCCCCUCCCCCUCUUUGUCCCCCCUCUUCCCCCCCCCUCCCUCUCUUCCUUUCCCCCCCCCUUCUCCCUCCUUCCUCCCCCAACCCUCCCUUUUCCCUUUCCCCUUCUCCCUCUCUUCCUCUCCUCCCCCCCCCCUCUCCCCUUUCCCCCUCCCCCCUUUUUCCUCCCCCCGCCCCCUCCCUUCCUUUUCCCCCUCCUUCCCUCUUUCCUCCCCCGUCCCCUUUUUCUCCCCCGGGCUUCCCCUCCCUCUCCCCCCCCCUUUCCCCCCCCGCUCCCUCUUUCCCUUUCCCCUUCCCCCCCCCCCUCCCUUCCUCUCCUUCCCCCCGCUCCCCCUUCCCCCCCCGUUCCCUUUUUUCCUCCCCCCUCCCCCGCCCCCUCUUCUCUCCUCUUUUCCACCUCCCCCCCCUUCCCCCCUUCUUCCUCUUCCCCCCCACCCCCCCCCUCUCCCCCCCUCCCUCUCUUCCUCCCCCCCUCCCCUUUCCUCCCCCCCCCUCCCUCUCUUCUCCCUCCCCCUCUCUUCCCCUCCCCCUCCCCCCCCCCCUUCCUCUCCUUCCCCCGCCCCUCUCCUUCCCCCUUCCCCCCCCCCCCCCCCUUUUUUCCCCCUUCCCCUUCCCCCUUUUUUUCCCCCCCCCUCCCCCUUUCCCUCCCUUUUCCUUCCUCCCCCCCUCCCCUCUUUCCUCUCCUCCCCCCCUUUCCCCUCUCUCCCCCCCCCCUCCCUCUUUCCUCCCCCCCUCCCCUCUUCCUCACCCCCCCCCCCCCCUCCCCCCUUCCCCCCGCCCCCUCUCCCUCUCCAUUCCCCUCCCCCGCCCUCCCUCUCUUCCCUCCUCCUCCCCCCUCCCCCCCUCCCCCCCUUCCCUCCUCUGCCCCCCCCCCCCUCUUCCCCCCCCCCCUCUUCCUUCCCCCCCCUUCCCCCCCCCUUUCCUCCCCUCCCCCCCCCCCUCCCUCUUCCUCCCCCCCCCCCUUUUCUCCUCCCCCCCUCCCCCUUUUUCCCCCUCCCCUCCCCCCUUUUCCCCCCGCUCCCUCCUUCUUCCUCCCCCCUCCCCUCUUCCCCUCUGUUUCCCUCCCCUUCCUCUCCUUUCCCGCCCCCCUCUCUUCCUCUCUUCCCCCCCUCUCCCUCUCCUCCCCCCCGUUUCCCUUCCUCCCCCCCCUUCCCCUCUCUUUCCUUUUUCCUCCCCCCCCCCUCUCCCCUCUUCCUCCCCCGCUCCCCUCCUUUCCCUCCCCGCUCCCUUCCCCCCCUCCCCCCUUUUCCCUCUCCUUCCCCCCCCCCCUCUCCCCCCCUUCCUCCUUCUCUUCCUCCCCCCCCCUGUCUUCCUCUCCUCCCCCCCUCCCCCCCCUCCCCCCCCCCCCUUUUCCUUCCUCCCCUCCCCCCUUCCCCCCUUUUCCCCCCCCCUCCCUCUUUUCCUCCCCCGCUCCCCCCCCCCCUUUCCCCUCCCCCCCCCUCCCCCCUUCCCUCCCCUUCCCCUCCCCCUUUCCCCCCUUUUUCCUCCCCCCCUCUCUUCCUCUCCCCCCCCCCCUUUCCUCUCCCCCCCUCCCCUCCUUCCUCCCCUCCCCCCCCUUUUCCCCUCCUUUUCCCUCCCCCCUCCUUCCCUCCUUCCCCCCCCCUCCCCCGCUCCCUCUCUUCCUCUCUUCCUUCUGCUCCCUCCUUCCCCCUUUUUUUCCCCCCCCUUUUCCUUUCCCUCCCCCUCUCUUCCUCUCCCCCCCCUUUCCCUUUUCUUCCUUCCCUCUUCCUUUCCCCCCCCUCCCCCUCUUUUCCCCCUUUUCCCCCCGCUCCCUCUUCCCCCCCCCUUUUCCCUUCCCCCUUCCCUCCCCCCCCCUCUUCCCCCCCUCUCUCUCUUUUUCCCCCCCUGCCUCUCUUUUCCCUUUCCCCCCCCCCUUCCUCCCCCCUCUCUUCCCCUUUCCUUUCCCUCUUCCCUCCCCCCCUUUUCCCUCUCCUCCCCCUCCUCUUUUCCUUCCCCUCCCCCUCUCCUCCCUUCCUCCUCCCGCCCCCCUCCCUCCCCUCCCUCUUUCCCCCUUCCCCCCUUUUUCCUCCCCCCCCUUUCCCCCCCUCUUUCCCCCCUCCUUUCCUCCCCCCCGCUCCUCUCUUCCUCCCCCCCCCUCCCUCACCCCCCCCUCCUUUUCCUCUUCCUCCCCCCCGCCCCUCUCUUUUUUUCCUCCCCCCCUCCCUCUUUCCUCCCCCCCCUGCCCACUUCCCCCCCCCUUCCUCCCCACCUCCCCCCCCUUUUCCCCCCUCCCCCCCUCCCCUCCCCCUUUUUCCCCUCCCCCCGCUCCCUCUCUUCCUUCCCCCCUUCUUUUCCUCUUCCUCCCCUGCUCCCUCUUUCUUCCCCUCCCCCGUUUCCCUUCCCCUCUUCCUCCCCCUUCCCCUCUUUUCCCCCCCCUGCCCCCUUUUCCUUUCACUGUUCCUCUUCCCCCCCCCUCUCUCUCUCUUCCUUCACCUGCUUCCUCUUCCUCCCCCUCUCUUCUUUUCCCCCCGCUCCCUUUUUUUUUUCCCUCCCCCCCCCGGCCCCUUUUCCUCCCCCCCUCCCUCUCUCUCCCGCCCCCUUUUCCCUCUUCCCCCCCCCCUCCUUCCUCCCCCCCCCACUCUCUUCCUCCCUUCCCCCCGCCCCUCUUUCCUCCCCCGCUCCCUCUUCCUCCCCCCCGCUCUCUCUCUUCCCCCCCUCGCCUCUUUUUCCCUCCCCCCCACUGCCUCUCUUCCCUCCCCCCCGCUCCCCUCCUCCCCCCUCCCCCCUUCCUCCCUUUUCCUCCCCCCCCCUCCCCUUUUCCUCCCCCCCCCCCUCCCCCUUUUUCCCCCCUCCCUUCUUCCCCCCGCUCCCCCCUUUUUCCUCCCUCCCCGCUCCCUUCUUCCUCUCCCCUCCCUCUUUUCCCUCUCCUCCCCCCCCCCCCCCUUCCCCCCCCUCCUCCCCCCCCCCUCUUUUCCUCUCCUCCCCCACCCCUCUUUCCUUCUCCUCUCCCUCUUUCCUCCCCUCCACCCGCCCCCUCUCUUCCUUCUCCCUCUCUUCCUCUCCCCACCCGCUCCCUCUCUUCCUUCUCCUCUCCCUCUUUCCCUCCUCCCCCCCUUUCCCUCUUUUCCUCUCCUCCCCCGCUCCCCUCUUCCCCCUCCACCCCUCCCUCUCUUCCUCUCCUCCCCCGCUCCCUCUCUUCCUUCCUCCCCCCGCUCCCUCUCUUCCUUCCCCCUCUCUCUUCCUCCUCCCCCCCCUCUCCCUCUCCCCCCACCCCCUCUCCCCUCCCACUCCCCCCCCUUUUUUCCCUUCCCCCCCCGCCCCCCCUUUUCCCCUCUUCCUCUCCUCCCCCCCCCCCUCUCUUCCCUCCUCCUCCUCCCCCCUCCUUUUCCUCCUCCCCCCUCCCUCUCUUCCUUCGCCCACUCUCUCUUCCUCCCCCGCCCCCUCGCCCUCUCUUCCUCCCCCUCCCCACCUCCCUCAUUCCUCUCCUCCCCCCGCUCCCUCUCUUCCUCUUUUUCCCCCUCUCCCUCUCUUCCUCUCCUCCCCCCCUCCCUCUUUUCCCUUUUCUUCCCCCCCCGCUCCCCUUUUCCUCACCUCCCCCUCUCCCUCUUUUCCCCCCCUCUCCCUCUCUUCCUCUCCACCCCCCUCUCCUUCCCCCCUUCCCCCUUCCUCCCUUUUUUCCCUCUUCCUCUCCCCCCCCGCUCCCUCUCUUCCUCUCCCUCCCCCCCCCCCUCUCUUCCUCCCCUCCUCCCCUUUCCCCUCCCCCUUCCCUCUCUUUUCCCCUCUUCUCACCCGCUCCCUUCUUCGCUUCCUCCCCCGCUUUCCCUUUUCCCUCCCUCCCCGCUCCCUCGCUUCCUCUCCUCCUCCCGCUCCCUUCUCUUCCCUCUCUCCUCCGCUUUCUCUUUCCUCCCCGCUCCCCUCUUCCUUUCCUCCCCGCUCCUCUCUUCCUCCCCCGCUCCCUCUCUUCCUCCCCCGCUCCCUCUCUUCCUUCCCCCGCUCCCUCUCUUCUUGUCAUGGUCCCAGGUGCAGUCACAUUAAUGUAUUCUCAGAGAUGCUCAUCCAGAAAUACACUCGACAAACAGGACUGCUAUGCAUAUCUGUCUCUAGCUUUAUCUUCCCCGUUUCCGUUGUCAUUCAGUAACCUCAAGUGCACAAGUAGGACACAUCUAUGUCAUUUCCACACGGGUAUAUUUACACUCAUUUGCCUGUCGUAAAUAUUUGUCUUUAUUUUCCAACAAAACUGAUUUAGCAAACUGUCAGUUUGUCACUUAAAACAAUACGAGAAUAGUCAGGUGUUUAGAUCUGUUUAACUGUGUGUUAUUGUUCCACAGCAACAGGCAGGAGAAGCGCCCCUCCUCUCAACCUGACCGGCCUGCCAGGGACAGAGAAGCUCAACGACAGGGAGAAAGAGGUACAUAUAGAAUCCAUUCUAUUACAUAUGAAUUCUAGGAUCUCUAUGGAUGUAAGGCUCUCAGCCCCACCAGGGCAGUACGUGAAGGGCUAAACAGAAAGAGUGCAUCCUAAAUGGUACCCUAUUCCCCAUAGGCCCUGGUCAAAAGUAGUACACUCUAUGGCAAGGCUCUCCAACCCUGUUCCUGGAGAGCUACCCUCCUGCAGGUUUUUGCUCCAACCCCAGUUGUAACUAACCUGAUUCAGCUUAUCAACCAGCUAAUUAUUAGAAUCAGGUGCCCUAGAUUAGGGUUGUAGCAAAAAGCUACAGGAUGUUAGCUCUCCAGGGAACAGGGUUGGAGAGCGCUGCUCUAUUGGGAAUACAGUGGCAUUUGGGACACAGUCAUGACUGGCAUUUUGUUGAUGUAACAUGGCGUCUCUCUCUGUCCUGUGGCUGCUUGCAGCUGUGCCAGGUGGUGCGUCUGGUGCCAGGUGCCUACCUGGAGUACAAGCAGGCCCUGCUGAACGAGUGCAGGCGGCAGGGUGGUCUACGGCUGGCACAGGCCCGGGCACUCAUCAAGAUCGACGUCAACAAGACACGCAAGAUC